AUGUCUAGUAGUAAGUUCAAAGAGGUUGUUAAUAAGAUCAUAAGUGAUUGUCCUCCGGGGGAGCUGAGAGAGGUUUAUGACGAUCUGAUCAAGAUCACCAGUGAAAACUCCAAAAAUACUCUCUUGGACGCCAUUGAGAGCUAUAACGUGCAAAACUGCAUCCCCGUAGACGUCGAUGGGACAUUCAUAAUUAUUUCUAAAUACAACAAAGAAGGAUCCAAGUUCUUUGAUCCUAUAAAUUCCGUUAUUUUUUCGGUUGACCAUUUAGGGCACAAAGGUCUUGACAUUGAGCCGUACGAGUUCAUACACUCGAAGCUCGAAAAACAGCAAUUGAAAGACUUACAUGAUAAAUUGCACGAGUAUCUUUUACAGAACUUCCCAGGCGACGUUAGUUUAGCCGUUUACCCAGUUCCCGAGGAAAUAAGCAAAAUCUCCAUUAUUAUUGUAAGCACGAAAUAUAACCCGAACAAUUUCUGGAACGGGCAUUGGAGAUCGAGUUACAUAUACGAUUUGGAUACUAAGGAGUUGACCGGACACAUUUCUACGCAGGUUCAUUAUUACGAAGAUGGUAAUGUUAGUUUUCAGUCCGGGAAAGAUGUCAGCCAACCUAACGUCGUGGAUGUUGUUAGCACAAUAAGGGAUAUUGAAACAAGUUUUGAAAGUGACCUGGAUCUUUCCUUUUCUGACUUGAACGAAAAACAGUUCAAGGCCUUAAGGAGAAGGUUGCCAGUCACAAGAUCGAAAAUUAACUGGGGCAACGCGAUUGGUGGCUAUAGAUUAGGUAAAAAUGCGGCAGAGGGAAAAUGA